AUGGACUCGAUGAUGGGUCUCAACACAUCACUUCCGGGUACAGCCCCUCCUAAACAGUCAGAUCCUCCUGAACAACUGCUUGCCGCUUUUAAAGCGGCUGCUUUAUCAGUGACAAACUUGUACAAAAGCGCAGCGGUCAACCAAGGCGGGGUUCGUUCAGAAGGAUACCAAAAUGCAUUGGAAGAGCUUGUACUGUUCUUAGAUCAAGAAAAUAUCGGUCUCGAUGAUGGAGAAGGAUGGAGGAUUCGAAAAUGGGCUACGGAAAGAUUAGAAGGGCGUGAUACAGCUUCCCAAAAUAACGAGAGCGACGACGAUUGUGAUAAAACUGAUCGCGGAUCAUCACCAGCCCUCCCUAGGUCUCAUAACUCUACUCGAGCAUCACCUCUAUCUACGAACGUACAAAAUGCAGCGCCAGUAGAAUCAGAUCAAACCCCCACGAUGACAGUCACUACUCCAAGUGACGAGUGUGCAGAUUCUUCUAUUCCUCACACGACAUUCUCAUUCCAAUCAGCUCAACAUUACCCUCAGGAUGCCGAUAUUGUUCUAGCUGAUAAUGAGCAUGGAAACCCCAGAAUAUUUAAUGCUGAAAUACCAUCGACAUCGCCACAUGUUCCUCUAUCGGCAUCCAACUUUGCGGUACAUAGACUAUCGCGGACAAGGGGUGGUCCUCAAGGCCGUGUAGGAUCUAGGUCUGCGGCAUUACUAGGAAAGGGGUCUGGACAAAAAAGAAAAAUAAACUUCGGUGACUUUUUUGAUAUAGGCAACAUUGGACAUGGAAAAGAUGGAUUCGGCAGCGGCAAGCGUGGGAGGUUUCUCUAA